CGCAUUAUUUAUUAUUAUUUCCUUUAACCCCACUCUUUUCUUUAUUUACUCAUCACAAUGAUCUCCAACGUUCUCGCUCGUUCCACCAUGCGUGCUUCCACUCGCCAAAUUGCUCGUUCUGAUCUUUAUCACUUUUCCAAUUCUAACGGUCAGAAUAUUCCUUUUAACACUAAAAACAGAGCUGGUCUUGCUAUCAAGAUGACUUUAUAUUUGGGUAUUGGUUUUGCUGCUCCUUUCUUGGGUGCUUGGUGGCAAUUCUACAAGGCUGGUUAAACAGAUAUAACCGGUUUCGAUGUAAUUACAAGAAAGUAAUAUUUUUAUGAUAAUGCAAGAUAUUUAUUUUAUACAAAUUUUCAAGGCAAUUGUAAUGGAAUCAAAGAGAUUUUGAGACUAUACAUGUAUAUUACAAUAAAGAAGAAAAUAAGACCAUUCUUUUUGUUUA